CCUAAUCCUACAACACACGAGGGACUCGCUCGUUUUAAUUACGUUAAAAUGCAAGGUAAUAACAUCGUAGAAAGGCUGAAGUGAAACAGACAGAGAGUACUGCACUAUUCCGUCUGGUUUAAAGCGUUUUCGGUAUAUGGGACCAAAGUGCAUACAUUUUACUGGGGUCUAAUUUAAACCAUGUUGUGCAAACAAACACCAAAAACAACAACAUGACCGUAGAAUGUCUGAUGCUACUAUCAAUGGCAUUUAUUUCUAUAAUAGCUGUUAGUAUUAUUCUUAUUUCAAAUAGCACACACACGCACUCACGUACAUUCUUGUUAAAUAAUACGUUUACGGCACUUUGCUUCCUUUUCUUUCUAAACGUCCUGAAAUAAGUAUUUGUUUUCAGUCAUUUGAACAUGCUUUGCCCGCUGAACCUCUGCGGCUAAAGCGCAGUAAUGGCUCAUUAUGCAAGCAUGAAUGGCUGCUUUUGUUAGCAUAAUGAUGUAGGUGUUGCGGGCAUUGUACCGCUAACCUGGCAUUGUUUGGGGGUUUAGCAUUCAAAUAGAGGGGUCUUCAUAGUCCCCGAACAAUGCAGUCAAACCUAGCUUCGGGGGCUACCGGUAGCCUAUAUAUAGACUCCAAAGUAUACGUUUCUCAAACAGAAGAUCAUGAUUCAAGCGUCGUGCUACUACCUGGUUCUCCUCUCUCUCCGGUUCGCCGGGGGUCUUCCCUUUCAUGCGGACAGAGGCCGCCAGAUUAGCGCACUUUCUCACACGAAGGAGAAAGCGGCAUUAGACGGGGCACGGAGAUUUUUGGAUCGGGGAGGGAUUGGGGCAGGACACGGAGGGAGAGGGAGCUUUAUGGAUCGACCAGGAAAAGGCGGACUAUUCCGGGUGGCAACUGACGACAGCACCAAGGGGCACCAGCAGCCCCGGUGCGUCCAUAUGACCGAGCCCUGGGCUGUGGGGCGACCCGGCGCCGCCUCUCUCCCUGGAGACAGGCUCGUUUACCGUCUGAAAAUCCACGUCUCGUCCGCUGCGGGUCAACGCCAGCCCAUCUUUCCACAGCGGCAUCUAUUCCAGUACCUGGGCGAGGUUUAUCAGUGCUGCAAGACCGGCUUCAUCUGCAGGAAGAUUAAAGGGAUCCAAGGGAGGCUAACCAGAGAUGCGGGUCGUGGAGAGGUGCAGUUCCUCGUCAAUCCAGACGUGGGCGCUCUGCAGAUUCAGAGGGCUGAGCUGCACGUGCAGAUCUCGAACCCGGACCGGGUGCGAGUGGAACCCGUGCUGACUCUCCAACACGCGGACGACCAGGAUGCCGUGAGCUCGAGGUACGUGGCUGUGAUGAGAGAGGUGGUGUCCGACCUCACGCUGGACCUCGCCUUCCUGUUCCAGACCCUGAAAGAUCUGCUGGGGCGAGGGAAAGGCCCCCAAACCCCAGAGCCACGCAGAGAGGGGGUCCCAGCAGGUGCAGCUCAGCCGGGGAGAGAAGGGGUGCUGUCGGUGAUGCAGCUCUGGGGAGAGGGGGUCUCUUUGGAGAGAGCACAGACUUAUCCACUCCAGAGGUCCGGCAGCCCUGGAGUGAGUCUGCGCAAAGUGAAAGGCAGGGGCCUCACCCCAGCACAGGGCAGCUCGCCAGGGGGCCUCACCCCAGCACAGGGCAGCUCGCCAGGGGACCUCACCCCAGCACAGGCAUUGACUGAACUCAGCCUGACCGUCAACUGCUUCCUGGAGAAGACGCUCGUGUCCUGCACUGAGCAUGGAGUCGCCAUCCUCCCAGCACCCUUCAUCACCAUCGCUUACUGAGGGCAGCAUUGCUGUUGUUGUAUUAUUGUUAUUGUCAGUGUAGCGGACAGUGCUGUGUGAUGCACUGCCGCUGUGUGGAUUCAAUGAGAUGGGAGGAGGUUAAAAGCUCUAACGAGUCCGGCUCUUUUGCAUUGUGGUUAAGAUGCUCAUUUGCAGUGAGUGGGGUCGUCGGGUCACUCCCAGCAUCCACCCUGUUACAGCAGCCCGAUUACUGCAAGACUAGGAGCCCAGUUCUAUUCAUUCUUAGGUCUGGGGGGACGGAACACACCAUCCAGUGAAAUAAUGAUAUUAUUAUUUUGCAAUAAUCAUGUUCUUUCCUAGAGAUUGCCUAUUCAGUCUCUGUGUUGUUACCGUGGGCAUUGCAUUGCACGCAUUGUGGCUUUGUAUUUAUUUUUUGCUAGCUGAGAUGUUAAUAGGAUUGGGUAGGAGCAGCUUGCGCAGAGGAUCUGCUGGAGAUGGAGCGUUGCUGGAUUGAUUGUGAUUCAUCGGGCUGCACAAGCUGUUACAUGGAGUAAUUCUGUGUCAUAAGAGAUUAAAACGUCUCUGAGUCAUAAGCACUUCCGAAAAGAGAUAACAGAGUGGUAGCUAUCACUAUCUGUGUUUUUUUUUCUUCUGGUAAAUAAAUAAUUAUAAACAUACCCGAAAGAUUAUAAAGUGUACUAAUAAUGGUUACAUUUGUAUUUUUCUAUUAACAAAAAGAAAACUGGAGCAGACAUUCACUCCCCUAGUAUUUACAUUUUCAGUCAUCAAAAUGGACUACACUCCCACCUCUGUGUGAGAAAGGAGUUUAUCAGAGUUGUAAGACAGAGGGACAUGCAGGUAACGUGCUGAUGAAUAAAGCAUGAAGCACUGUCCCCAGGCCCCUGCAGAGGGGACGAGGAGCUGGCAGGGGAGGACAGCACUGUGGUUCACUCCUCAGAUCUGCUCUAGAGGGCUGUUUUUGUUCCAUGUCACGGUCAUUUUUGAAAUAGGUGUACCUGCACUGUAACUUUUAAAUUAUAUUGUAAAAAGAUCAAACAUUAUUCUCGCUAUUAACUUCAGGUUGGGUCCCUAAAAUUAAUGCUAGUCUACAAAUCACCUUGCAAUUCAAAGCAAACUGUGAGUUUAUCUGUAUUUGUGUUACUUUUCUGGUCUCAAUAGCACAAUGUGUUAAAAAUUCAGUGUUAGUCACACUA